AUGUCCCCGAACAACUACAACCCGUACAGCCACCCGUAUCAACAAAGUUCGGCGCAACAAUACGCAGCAUAUCAUACAGCAUCUGCCGCGAACAAUAUCGCGCAACCCGCCCACCAGUACAAACAGCCACCGACGACUCAGACACAGGACUAUAUGUCCUAUCAGCCUCAAUCGUAUGCGAAUCACAAUAGUGGAUACGGCACGGCACAAGAUAACCAAUUGGGUAAUAGCAACUAUGGAGGGACACGAGAGACAACUAGAGGCGCCGCCGAAGUCCUGCGUAGUAUGAGUAGCUCGACGCCGUGUACGAAUAACGCUGCGCCUACGAACGCCCAACCCGGAACCACCGCGAUCAACACCGCCUCCCCGCACACCAGCCGCUAUGCCGCCGGCAGCUCGCACUCGCCCCUGGUGCAGGCGCAACAACCCCAUGCCGUCUACGAGCAAUCGCAAGCGCGACCACACAGUGUCAACAACAACCGCGCGCAGCCAGCAACUCGGGGUUUACCAUCACCAGCCAAUGUGGCAGGUUACCCUUCGCAGAGAACCCAAACGAUAUAUAAUUCGCAACAACGGCGAACUGCCAGCCCAGCCCAACCUCAGUACAAUACCGCGCCUGUUAGUAAUACGCGAAGCGCGGGUAUGUCUGCUACAACGAGCCAACAGUAUGACGACUACAGCGCUCGACAACCUGCCGGUGUGGAAACCUCGCGUAACUCUCAGAACGCCACACCACCGACGGCUUAUAACUACGGCAAGGCGCAAAUGCCUUCCGCGAUUGCGCUUCCUGCGCCUGCACUGUCUGCUAGCAUGGCAGACACUCACAGUGUCCAGGGCACUACCACAGUGGACCCAAUGGCAGUCUACGAUCCAUGGCCAGAAUACCAGCGGAAGCAGGCCACACAAAAGGCGAUUGAAGAUGCAGCACGUGCAGAAGAAGAGAAGAUUGCGGAGGAGGCGCGUCAAGUAGAGGAGCAAAAGAAAGAGGAGGCCAGAUUACGCCAGUCACAGCCAAAGUCGAAAGGAAAGAAAGCCCAAGAGCAGCAAGCGGGUGCUCCGGAAGCGGCACCUGCGACAUCUAGCGACUCUGGUGGCCCUGCUGAAGCACUGGAGAGUGAGAUUCGAGCAAUGAUGGCUAAAAUGAGAGAGCUGAAUAGUAAAGACCCAGCACUUCUAGCCAAAAUCUGGGAAGAAGAACGUAGGGCGAGAGCGCCCAGAUCUCCUACCGUGGACGAUAGGCCCGCACCUCAAUCUGCCACUCUGCAACCGGUACAAGUUUCUCAAGCCUCCGCUCCACAAGUCACGAACUCGAACAAAAAGGCGACACCCAAACAAAAGGUGAAUGCGAGUAUCUCAAAGCCAGCGACUCCUGCCAUAGCCCAAGCUGUCCCUAUCAAAGAAGUACAGCCAAACAGCAAUAUCACUCAACCAACUGGCAACACGGUUUGGCCGCCUGAGAAGAAGGCUCAUCUGGCGAGCGCAGCAGCGGCAUAUCUCAACACUCUAAAUUUCGCCCACCAAGUCGAACCUGGCCAGAUAUUGAGUCUAUUGAACAGCAACCCUUCUUACAUCGAACUAUGCGAACAACUAGAGAAGAUGGGUCUGAAGCUAGACCGCGCUGUAUUCGCGAAGAGCUUACUUACAGCGGUACCAGAUGUGAAUUCAGCAUCCCGCAAAUCUGUACAGCCUGCACCAGUUCCUGCCCAGAGACCACCGGUCCCACCUGCCGUCAUGAAAAAGGACGUUGCGACUUCUGUCGCGCCAAGCCCACAACACGCACCCGCAGCUCCCUCACCAGCGAAUGGAAGCUCUCACCCGUCUUUUCCAGGGAGCGCGUCGCCUGCACCUGCAUCUGUCGCGGAGAUGGUGCCAAUCAGACCCGAGCUAAGGAAGCCAGCAAACAAAGAAGAAGCAGCACGAAAGCGUAAUCUGAGUGAUCUGGUCGACCUGACUCAGUUAUCAGAAGACGAGGACAUGGGGCCGCCGCAAAAGAGGAUAAACUCAGAUGCAUACGCAUCUCCAUACCCUCAUCUCCAAGACACUAUGGCCGUCGACGAGGUGCCUUCUACACCAAACUUUCCCAUUGCAAACACUCCUUCCUAUCAGCCUCAAUCACCUGCGCCUCAGCUGAUGCAGACUUCUACCGAACAACUUCGUUAUGUGACUCUUGUUGAGCCAUUAGACAGAAAGAAAGCGCUUCGUCGCAACACUUACAACCCUGCCACAAUAGCACGAGAUGUGCUUCUCGCUUGUGGAAGGCAUCCGUUAGAGCGCAGCUUGAAUCAACAUCUAGAUGGUUUGAGGACUACGUUACCACAAAUAGGGUUCGAUUCAGAUCUCAGUACAAUCAAAUGGAACGUCAUCGACCCAGGAAGACCUCCGCCGGGAUAUUUCAAAGACGGUGUUCAAGCCUUGACCGAGGAUGCAGACGAUGAAGAUGCUUCAGACGACGAGAACGAGUCGCGCACCCGCGCUCCGCCUAACGCCAUUGGCGGUGAAGGUGGGGCGCACAAGGCCCAAGCUUUACCUGAAGGCAUCAAUCCGUUUAAGCAGAAGCGCCGCGGUCGUCCUCCACGACACUCUUUCCCUGACGGUGCACCAGCAACACCCAAACGCCCAAGCAGUCCCGCUUCUAUGAGUUCAAGUGUGCCUCGUCCCACCUCUGGUGCCGCUGGCGUUGGGUAUCAAGCUUUCCGGUCAGCCACAGAGUACGGAUCUGAUGGCAAACCACUGCCAAAAAAGAAGGGCCGUCCAGUUGGAUGGCGGAAAGCUAUUCAUGGCUCUCCUGCUGCACAAGCUCAACCGUCAACGAAUGGUCAUACCGGUCCUCGCAAGAAGCAACCAACGCAGCCAAGCGCUCUGCGCAACGAACCCAUUCAGAUCAGUUCAAGAUCACCAAGUGUUGCGAACGGUCUUCCGCGAUACCAAUCGUAUAAAUGCAAGUGGCAACACUGCCAAGCUGAUCUGCACAAUCUAGAGACACUUCAGAAGCAUAUUUACAAGGUACAUCGCAAGGAGACAGUUAACAAUACUUUGGAAUGCUUGUGGGACGAUUGCGGAAAAGAGGUCACGAACUACGACCCUAUGACAAACAUGAGCAUUGAACGCCACCAGACGUAUUCCUUCGACCUAGAGAGCAACUGGCGUGAUCAUAUACAGCAAGCCCACAUUAGUCCGCUAUCGUGGCAGCUUGGUGAUGGGCCGGCCGCUGGUCUCUCUGACUCGCACGAUUCUGAGGCAUAUCUCAGCGAUGCACAAGGACGACAGGUCACUCCACGCAUCACUGUCGACCCCGCGCGCAUAGAAGCACUGAGCAUGUUGCCACAAGCACCUAUAGCUAGCGGUCGCGGUCGCGGGCGUCCACCCAAGCGUACAGUGGAGCAAGAAGCCCACGAUGCAUAUGGUAGACUCGUGUCUCUCAAGAGGCGUAUUGGUGGACCCGGGAUGGAUCGUGGAGGUGUAACACUCGCGAACGAUAAGCGUCGACGAGGCUUUAUUGAAACCGAUGAAAUGGAGGAGGAGCUGGUAGAUGUUGAGGACUGA